AUGGCGCUUUUCCUGACCGAAGAGAUCUAUGGGAUUCCAAGUAGGUGUUUUCUUUGCACUAAUCGGUCGUUAAAUUUGAUAAACAGGCUCUUACUGGAUCUUAAGGAACUUUCUGAGCAUCAAGACAGUCUUAUCUCGGCAUUUCCAUCUGGCGAUGGCAUCUUAGAGUGGAUUGGAACAAUUUAUGGAGGAAAGGAUACGGUCUAUGAUGGGAAAAAGUACCAAUUAACCCUAGAAUUUCCAAGCACAUAUCCUCACAAACCUCCUGUAGUCAAAUUCAAGACGCCAUGUUAUCACCCUAAUGUGGACGACAAAGGAAACAUUUGCUUAGACAUUCUAAAGGACAAAUGGACUUCUGCAUAUGGCGUCAGAAGCAUAUUGCAUUCCAUACAAGCGUUAUUGGGAGCACCAAACAAUGACAACCCACUUAAUGUUGAUGCAGCUCAGAAAUGGAAUAAUAAAGCUGUAUUCAAAGAUAAAAUGAGGGAAUUUGAGAGCAAGUAUGCCAUCACUGAGUAAACUUGUGGCAAUUAAUUCUAUUAGUUAGACUAGGAAGUGAUUAAUUUGAAGUGAAAUUUACAUGUAUGAAAAGCAUGUUGACUUGUUAAAGUUGGAAUAUUAUCAUUUCAAAAAACCUUCCCUUUAGAGUAAAAGCUCAAGACUUGUAUCAAAGUUCUUUUGCUCUUUGCUUUCAUAAGUUAUUGCUUUAAAUCAUAAAAUUUGUUGCACAAGUAGGUUGUUCAGAUUUCUGUACUCUUGGUUUGGUCCAUAACUCGUAGAAAACUUUCUUCUUCCAGCUUGUCAAAUAUUGUAAAUACUAGUACAGCAUAGAUUCAAAAUGAAAAUAAAUGCCAUUUGUUUGUGAA